GUAUAUCUACAAUCAUGUUUCGACACGAGACACUGAGAAGUACACGUCAAUAUUAUUAUCGUCCUUCGGGCAAUCAUUGUAUAUCUAUAGUGAGUUUGGACGAAGAUUUGUACAAUUGCCGUUGAAGUGUCGUGUAUCGCUCAUUAUUUAUCAAGUGAUAUUAUAUAUAAAAUAUUCGCAAGCUAUAAUAGAUCGUUAAAUAGAUAUAGCAAUAUGCAUUAUUGUAGUGAAGUGAUAAAAUAUGAAGGACCAAUCAGGAAAGAUUAUUACAAUCAGUUCUUCAAUCCGAACAUAUGCCACGUUUGCAAGUUGAGAGGCAACGGUAAUCUCAAAUCUUGUAAAUGUUGCUUGGUUUUUUACUGCUCAAACAAGCAUAAAAAGUUGCACUAUGAAGAAUACUCUAAAAUCUGUAAAAUUAUAUCACAUUUUGUAAAGAAAGAACCACAAAAUGUCACAGGCGAGGUAAUCUAUUUGGACGAUUGGAUCAAAUCCAGAAAAAAUUUGUUGGAGUCAGUCCAAAAGAAAAUUGAGCGUAAAUUAAAGCCGUAUGAGAAGCAGAUGAUCUUGUGGUCAAAAAAGUGUUAUCAUAUAUGUUGUAAACAGUCUACUACACUUUGGACUUGCGAACAAUGUUUUUCCGUCAGCUAUUGCCAAAGACACAAGAAGUAUUUUAACAAAAUACAUACUAAGGAACAUUGUCAAAGACUAACGGUAUUACUCAAUAUAAAUAUCGGAAAAAUGUCUUUGAAGAUUGAAAAGUUAUACGAUUUCUUUGAGUAUAUUAAACCGUUUACUCGUUUGAGGGACAUGCACGAAUUCAUUACGAAAAAUCCAGGAUUGAGGAAAAGAGGUUCAUUUUGGACUGCUAUAGAUUACGUUCUAUCUGAUUAUUUUUCAGAACCACUGACAACCUUUUAUGGACUAAAGAAAACGAAAUUACUAAGUCAUAUAAGAAGAAGAAAAGUUAUUAUUCAUGUUCUUGCAAAGUUCAUCGAUGUACACUAUGUGCGAUUUUGGGAAAUUUUGUAUCAUUUUGUGCCUCAAAUAUAUGAACUAAUAAUUGUUUGCAUAGGACCAGAAAUUGAAUCCGUUCGCGGUGAAUUAAAUUGUUGUUCUUAUUGCAAUUUAAGGAAUAAGAAGAUCUCUUUCGUAUGUUCAAGUAUGUUGUAUCACGAUUAUGUCCGACAAUUUUGCCAAGAACAUGAGCUUCCAAAUGUAAUCGUAGGAUUUCAAAUGAAAUUUUAUGAACAAAAAGAACUUUAUAAAUGGGACGAAACUAUAAAAGUAAUACAAACUAUAAAGUGCCCGCUACUUUUAAGCUCUUCAGAACCAGAAAUAAGCGAAAAUAACGUAUUAAUAAUAAAAGAUACGCUAAUGUUACCUAUAAAGCCUAUUUUUCAAGAUGAAUUCUUUUUCAACAGUUAUGUACCAUUUAAAGACUUAGAAACUGAUAAUAUAUGUAUUUUUAAUAUAGAUUUAACCGUUUUUCAUAAUUUAUAUUAUCCUGAUAAUGUCGAUUUUUCCAAGAGCAGCACUUCUAGCUAAUUAUCCGUAUUAUCUAAUAGCAGCACUUCUAGCACAUUAUUCAUAUCAUUGUAACACUACAACAGUACUGUUACUUUAGUAAUCUUAUUGUAAACAGGAUACAAAUUAUAUUGUUAUUAUGAAUCGAUUAUAAACGAUGCUAAUAAAAAUUACUUUUUAACGAUAGAAA